AUGUCACUUCUUCGUGUCACUCAGUGUCUGACGGCGGAUGGCAAAGUACAAAUCGAUGUUACCAACAUCAGCGGACGGACACAGUACCCGCCGUCGCAGGACCCACCGAACUCGCUGCAGCCAAGCAGCAGUAAGGACCACCGUGCUCGUGGCAUCCCCGACCGCGAUGAGCCGUGCUCACUAAUCGUGUCGCUGCGCUCAUCGCACCCGCAAUUCUUCUAUUACCGCGGGCCGCAGCACAAGCAGCUGUCCUUCUCCACGUCGGUGGCCUCACACCUGUACGCACCGCCUCCGGGAAGCGCCUCCAGCGCCGGAGUUGGCGGUUGUGGGAACAAUAACAAGCAUCAGCGCAGUCCAUCGUCACUAUGGGGCCCCAGAGUUGUUGACCCGGUCAUCGAAGACGUGUCGCAGCAGGCCUGGAAAGACUUGGGAUUUUCUCCCGUCGCGGCGCCGGCUGCGGGGACAGUGAAAUCAUCAGUACCCACAGCAGAAGCAACCUCUUCAGUGGUGGGCAAGAGCAGCAACGGAGGCGGCGGCGAUGAUCGGCCACUGCUGGUGCGUGAAGAACUGGCGGACUGCGUCUUGCUACCCGGGGAGCGGCGCACCUUCUUGUUGGAGGUGGACACCCCGUCCGUGCUGCAGCGGCUCAUGGCGCCGCUCGCGCAGCAAAAAGCACGGAUCACAUCCGUUCCGGCGCUGCAAGGGAAUGCGAGGGCGCAAGACUCCUGUCCCCUCCCGGCCCUCGGCGACUCGCCCACGCCGCUCGGCGGCCACAGCAAGAACACGGGCAACAAGCCUCAGCCGAGGACAGCGCACACCCACGGCUCGGAAGACGGCACAAACAUUACAAUCAGCGAGAGCACGCCCCGUGCGACGGAGGUGUUCCACCUGAGUAGGUGUGAGUCGUCUAGGAUGGGCAGCGAGCCGAAUCCCACCUUGUUCCCGGCAGCUAGUCGCACCGCCGCAAAAGACGCCAAGUCAGUUUCGGGUGAUCGACAGCAGCAGCAGCGAGCCGUGAGCAAGCGCGGUAGCGGCCCUCUCCAGAGCUCCAGAAGUAGAAGCAGCAGCGGCGAGAUGAGCGACUGCAACAGCCACUCAUGCAACCCUGUGGCCCAGCUGAACAAAACGCGGCACCCAACACGUCAGCGGACAAUGCCGUGGGGUGCCGACGACGAGGGUGACUGCAACGGUGAUGCGGCGGGCCAGACACCACCCGGGAACGGCCGGCGCAACCGACGACCACACGAAAAGUGUGACAUGAGCGACACAGAGGACGACGAUGAGCGCUCGGCGUCGCCACAGCCGCUCAGCAUCGUGCAGGACAGCAUGACCACCCGUGAGUCGCUGGACGCCUCACGUCUAUCCGCUGCCACCGCACCCGGCGCACCUAGGCCCGGGCCAUCUGGCGGCACGGCACAUGACCCUCGACUCACCAGCCGCGACUUCACAGUGCCCAGCUCCAUCAACACGACAGCAGCCAGCACCCCUUUUCUCGCUAAGGCCAACAGGGAGGAUUCUGGAAAGCCAAAUACGCAUCCGCACGUCGCCGCUGCGGGCAGUGGCGCCACACGCACACUCUCCGAUGGUAAUGUGAACGAGGCUGCCAACCCGGCGAAUGGCAGCAAAGACCGCGCGCAGCGCUGGUUGCCGCCCGCCUCGACGUCGCAGCGCCCCACCUUUUAUGUCUACUACGCACCACUUGGGGAUGAGAACAAGUGUGUCGACGAGGCGCGCAAGUGGCUGCUGAAGGAGCAGCGCGCGUACCGCCAGUGGCUCGACAAACUAGUGCGCGUUAUCGUCAAUCUGGAGCGGAAACGCGAGCAAGAGUGGAUACGGACGAGCAAUAACUCAGUCCGGUCGCCGCAUCGCCCGCUCGGUGCUCGGCGUGUGCUGCCGCCCAUACUCGGGGAGCUUGUCCGGUGGCGCAGCGGCGAUGGCGGCAGCGGCUCCGUGAUUGACGUGAUGGCGCCGUCGCCCAUCACUGCCGCUGCCUUUCAGUACUACUACGGUAACCUCCCGCUCCAGAAAAUCGUGUCUCGGCCCCUCUCGCAACUAAGCGUUCGCGGCAACAACAUCCGUCACUCAUGGAUGGGUGGCGGCAGCGGCAGCGGCAGCAACAGCAACGCUGGCGGUGGUUGCGACAAGGAAGCUGUGUUGGUGCUUCCGUCGUCCUUCGCCGCGACGCGGCACAACCGUGUCAGCGCGAAGGCACGAAAAAUGUUCAAGGAGGAACGUCACGGUGCCGGGACGGUGGUGCUGCCGCUUCGGGUAAAACCCCAGUCCGCAACGCAGCCGUCUCCGAAGCCGGGCUUCGGCAACGGCGGCGCCGUCAGUGCGGCCACCGCCACCCACCCGUCCCCCUCAUCGUCGCAGACGUCCGAAGAAGUGUGUAACCUUUCGCGCAAGUCGUCUGAGCCGCCGUACAGCCGAGUCUGGGCGCCGAUGUCGUCGCCGUGGCAGCUGCGCUCCUACCAGGCCACCUCACCACCGCAUUACACAAUGGAGAACUCCUCCGAGCUGGGGGACUACCGCGGCAGCGGCACGCCCAUGAGUGAGAGCCCACGCACCGAGACGGGCUACGAGCGCCCGCGCUUCAAAUCGGGAUGUGGCCUGGCGCUCCUGGAGGACUCGGCGGCAACCCUGCCAACGUUUUCGCGCAACUCGCUCGCAGACGGGAUGUCCGUGCUUCCAUCGAAGACCGAUAACGCGGGGACUCCGAUGGACUUGCAGGAGAACUUUCCCAGCCCUGGCAGCUCCAAGAUGAAUCGCACCGAAACACUUGACCCAGUCGCGGCGGAGAUGGCGGCGGCGGGACCUCCUACGUCCCGCUGGUCAUCGCUUAGCGGCAUCUACGGUCAGAUGUACCGCGGGUUCUCCGACUCGCCGCUGCAGCAGCGACUGCGGCUGCCGUCCUCCCCCUCCGUCGGGGACAUGGCCUCCCCGGAUAGCCGCAUCCCGAGCAGCAGCAGCACUGGAGUGGGUGGUACCGGAGCUGCCUCGCAGGGCGCAGCGCGGCUGAGCUACAACUCGCCACCCCCCUCUAGUGGUGCUCCGGGCAACGCCCGCAGCGCCGACGACUCCGCGGCUGCCUCGAGCGCUGCGACCGCAGUGGGACUCUCUGAAAGCACCCCCACCACCACCACCAGCAGCAAUGGCGCUCUUACGGCCACUGUGCCGGCGGGCAGCUUCGCAACUCAGCUACUUCAGUCUUUGUAUGGCCACGGCGGCAGUGCCAAGUCUGACGUCGAUAAGGAAGGCAAUGCGGCGCCUCACAUGCGCGACAUCUCCUCUGCGCCGCCGCAGACGCUGGCGUAUCGCCAUCGCAGCACCGCCGUUUCCAACAGCAACAGUUUCACCGGGAGCAUGUUCGGCAGCAGCUUCUCGAUGCGUCCCCAGGAGCGACUGAACCGGAUCGCUGACCAGUCAAUGGCAGCUGGCAGUCAGGUGAAGGCUGCAGUGCAGCAGUUGACGGCGACCACGUCCGACCUGGUGCAGCAGCACGGCCCGCCUGCCGUGAGCGGGCUCAUGAGUCUUCUGAACUUCCUCAAGGACACUAUCUUCACCCCUGAGAACGUGGGCAUGAUUCAGAUGGUGGUGGCGCCGAUGGUGAUGGCCUGUUCCGUGCUUGUGGUUGUCUAUCUCAUCCUCAGCGUCGAGGGCAGCGGCAGCGAUGUCUUCUCACUGAUAGACGGCAGGGGCCUCUGA